GUGCACCCCUCUCUGUUACCUCGCCCAUUCUGAUCACUUCCGCCGCUGGCUGCGAGUGCUUCUAUUUCUACAACUAUACAUACAGCUAUCUGAAAUUCACGAUAGUCCCUACUUACUACUACAUUACAUAGCCAUCAUGGCGGGGAAAAUGACUCUGUACAAGCUUGUGGUGUUGGGUGACGGAGGCGUAGGCAAAACCGCUUUGACAAUCCAGUUGUGUCUCAACCAUUUCGUGGAAACGUAUGACCCAACAAUUGAAGAUUCCUACCGCAAACAAGUCCAGAUCGAUGGUCAAUCGUGCAUGCUGGAAGUGCUCGAUACCGCUGGCCAAGAAGAAUACACUGCUCUCAGAGAUCAAUGGAUCAGAGAUGGUGAAGGCUUUGUGCUGGUAUAUAGUAUCUCCUCGAGGGCCUCUUUUGCUCGGAUCCAGAGAUUUCAUUCUCAGAUACAGCGAGUGAAGGAAUCAUCACUGUCCAGUUCGCCCACCUACCCCGGAUCUCCACUUAGUGCCACUGCCCCUGGUUCGAGCUCCUUUGGGCCAGCGCCUGUCAUGUUAGUUGGUAACAAAUGCGACCGUGUUACGGAAAGGGAGGUAUCAACACAAGAAGGCAGUGCCAUGGCUCGAGAUCUUGGUUGCGCUUUUGUUGAAGCCUCGGCCAAGAACUGCGUGAAUGUUGAAAAAGCAUUCUACGAUGUUGUUCGUCAGUUACGCAGCCAAAGACACACUAGCUCUGGACGUUCGGAUGGUUACAAAUCUCACAAGCCAAAGAGCCAUGGCCACGGAGGCAAGAAAAGCAAUUACGCAUCAGCAGACUCAUUCGGUGGCGACCGCUCCAGGAGAAGUAAGAGUAGCUCAAAAUGUGUUAUACUAUGAGCGGAAGGUGUGACGGCAUGCCGCGACACUCUGAACCCUCAACGCUCGCAGGACACACAUGCAACUCCCUCUCGUCUUGGCAUACUUUUACUAGAAAGACCAAGCCAAACUGGCGCUUACAGUAACCCGCGAAGUGCCUCAUACUCUCACCGGAUAUAUGGAUUCAGGUCUUACGAGCCUGUUUUCAUAU